GCUCGGGCCGCCGGGGCCCAGGAAGAGCAGAGCGGAGAGAAGCGGGGGACACGGGCGGGGCCGCCGCUGCUCCGGAUGGGACCGGCGCCUGGGCCCGUUAGUCCAAGCCGGAGCUUCGGGAGAAGCCUUCGCCGGGAGAGUGACCCCUGCCUUCCCCUCCCCUCCGGGCCCAGGCCUCGCUUAGCUCCCCGCCUGCCCCGGUCCUGUUUGUCGCCGCUGCCUGCCCUCCCAGAUCCUGCAAGCUGUGGGGUGCCCCCAGCUUCCCCCCACCCCCAGCCCGCCCCAGGCUCAAACCCCCUCCUUCUCAGCUCUGGAUCGUCAGGCCACUUCACCCAGCACUGUCCCCAUCCCGCCUGGUCGCGGGGUGCCCCCCCCGGGUCCCUCCCUCCUCUUGCCACCCUAUCCUUUGCCCUAGCCUCAGGCUGGUUGCCCACUCCUUGCCCACCCCACGCUUCCUCCCAUCCUCUUCUGGCGCGGUCCCCGGCACUUUCUCUAUCCUAGCCGGUCGCCUUGGCUUGUUCUGAGGCACUUCUCUUGCCGGCCCUCUUCCCCAGGCUCCAGGCUGGGUGGUGCUUGUGCCUGCCGGGUAGGCCAGAGCGGCCCCAGGUUCUGGGGGCCAUGGCACUGCCAUCACUGCUGCUGCUGGUGGCAGCCCUGGCAGGUGGGGUGCGUCCUCCGGGGGCGCGGAACUUGACACUAGCUGUGGUGCUGCCAGAACACAAUCUGAGCUAUGCCUGGGCCUGGCCACGGGUGGGUCCUGCUGUGGCACUCGCCGUGGAAGCACUGGGCCGGGCAUUGCCCGUGGACCUGCGGUUUGUCAGCUCUGAACUAGAUGGCGCCUGCUCUGAGUACCUGGCUCCCUUGCGCGCCGUGGACCUCAAGCUGUACCAUGACCCUGACCUGCUGUUGGGCCCUGGUUGCGUGUACCCUGCUGCCUCGGUGGCCCGCUUUGCUUCCCACUGGCGCCUUCCCCUGCUGACUGCCGGUGCCAUGGCCUCUGGCUUUGCGGCUAAGAAUGAGCAUUAUCGUACCCUGGUGCGCACUGGUCCCUCGGCUCCCAAGCUGGGUGAGUUUGUAGUGACCUUACACGGGCACUUCAACUGGACUGCCCGUGCUGCCUUGCUCUAUCUGGAUGCCCGCACAGAUGACCGGCCGCACUACUUCACCAUCGAGGGAGUCUUUGAGGCCCUGCAGGGCAGCAACCUCAGUGUGCAGCACCAAGUGUACGCCCGAGAGCCAGGGGGGCCCGAGCAGGCCACCCACUUCAUCCGGGCCAACGGGCGCAUUGUGUAUAUCUGCGGCCCUCUGGAGAUGCUGCAUGAGAUCCUGCUCCAGGCCCAGAGGGAGAACCUGACCAAUGGAGACUAUGUCUUCUUUUACCUGGAUGUCUUUGGGGAGAGUCUCCGGGCAGGGCCUACACGCUCUACAGGCCGGCCGUGGCAGGACAAUCGCACCCAGGAACAGGCCCAGGCCCUCAGAGAGGCCUUUCAGACAGUAUUGGUGAUCACAUACAGAGAACCCCCAAAUCCUGAGUAUCAAGAAUUCCAGAAUCGUCUACUGAUAAGAGCCAAGGAAGAUUUUGGUGUGGAGCUGGCCCCAUCCCUGAUGAACCUCAUCGCUGGCUGCUUCUAUGAUGGGAUCCUGCUCUACGCUGAAGUCCUGAAUGAGACACUACAGGAAGGAGGCACCCGGGAAGAUGGGCUUCGCAUUGUGGAGAAGAUGCAGGGCCGGAGAUACCAUGGCGUCACUGGACUGGUUGUUAUGGACAAGAAUAAUGACCGGGAGACUGAUUUUGUCCUGUGGGCCAUGGGAGACUUGGAGUCUGGAGACUUUCAGCCUGCAGCCCACUACUCGGGAGCUGAGAAGCAGAUUUGGUGGACAGGACGACCUAUUCCCUGGGUGAAGGGGGCCCCGCCCUUGGACAAUCCCCCCUGUGCCUUUGAUUUGGACGACCCAUCCUGUGAUAAAACUCCACUUUCCACUCUGGCAAUUGUGGCUCUGGGCACAGGAAUCACCUUCAUCAUGUUUGGUGUUUCCAGCUUCCUAAUUUUCCGUCCUUACAGAAAACUGAUGCUGGAGAAGGAGCUGGCUAGCAUGCUGUGGCGGAUUCGCUGGGAAGAACUGCAGUUUGGCAACUCAGAACGCUAUCAUAAAGGUGCAGGCAGCCGACUCACGCUGUCCCUGCGGGGAUCCAGUUACGGCUCGCUCAUGACAGCCCAUGGGAAAUACCAGAUCUUUGCCAACACCGGUCACUUCAAGGGAAAUGUUGUUGCCAUCAAACACGUAAAUAAGAAGCGCAUUGAGCUGACCCGGCAGGUUCUGUUUGAACUCAAGCAUAUGAGAGACGUUCAGUUCAAUCACCUUACUCGCUUCAUUGGAGCUUGCAUAGACCCUCCCAACAUUUGCAUUGUCACAGAGUACUGUCCACGUGGAAGCUUACAAGAUAUUCUAGAAAAUGACAGCAUCAACUUGGACUGGAUGUUUCGUUAUUCACUCAUUAAUGAUCUAGUUAAGGGCAUGGCCUUUCUCCACAACAGCAUUAUUUCAUCUCAUGGAAGUCUCAAGUCCUCCAACUGUGUCGUGGAUAGUCGUUUUGUGCUCAAAAUCACAGACUAUGGCCUGGCCAGUUUCCGAUCAACCGCUGAACCUGAUGACAGCCAUGCUCUCUAUGCCAAGAAGCUGUGGACUGCCCCGGAACUGCUCAGUGGGAACCCCUUGCCCACCACAGGCAUGCAGAAAGCUGAUGUCUAUAGCUUUGGAAUCAUCCUACAGGAGAUAGCACUUCGCAGUGGUCCUUUCUACUUAGAGGGUUUGGACCUCAGCCCCAAAGAGAUUGUUCAGAAGGUCCGAAAUGGUCAGCGGCCCUAUUUCCGGCCAAGCAUUGACCGCACCCAAUUGAAUGAAGAGCUAGUUUUGUUGAUGGAGCGAUGUUGGGCCCAGGACCCAGCUGAGCGGCCGGACUUUGGACAGAUCAAGGGCUUCAUCCGCCGCUUUAACAAGGAGGGUGGCACCAGUAUAUUGGACAACCUCUUGCUGCGCAUGGAACAGUAUGCCAACAACCUGGAGAAGCUGGUGGAGGAACGCACACAGGCCUAUCUAGAGGAAAAACGCAAGGCUGAGGCACUGCUCUACCAAAUUCUACCCCAUUCAGUGGCAGAGCAGUUAAAACGGGGAGAGACUGUACAAGCAGAGGCCUUUGACAGUGUCACCAUCUACUUCAGUGACAUCGUUGGCUUCACAGCAUUGUCAGCUGAGAGCACUCCCAUGCAGGUGGUGACACUUCUUAAUGAUCUGUAUACCUGCUUUGAUGCCAUAAUCGACAACUUUGAUGUCUACAAGGUGGAGACAAUUGGAGAUGCCUACAUGGUGGUUUCUGGCCUCCCAGGGCGAAAUGGUCAACGUCAUGCACCAGAAAUUGCUCGGAUGGCCCUAGCAUUGUUAGAUGCAGUCUCUUCUUUCCGUAUCCGCCACCGACCCCAUGACCAGCUGAGGCUUCGCAUAGGUGUUCACACAGGGCCAGUCUGUGCAGGUGUUGUUGGUCUGAAGAUGCCCCGCUAUUGUCUUUUUGGAGACACCGUAAACACUGCUUCUCGAAUGGAGUCUAAUGGCCAAGCUCUGAAGAUCCAUGUCUCCUCUACCACCAAAGAUGCUCUGGAUGAGUUAGGAUGCUUCCAGCUAGAGCUUCGGGGGGAUGUGGAGAUGAAGGGAAAAGGAAAGAUGCGAACUUACUGGCUCCUAGGAGAGCGGAAAGGACCUCCUGGACUCCUGUAAACCCCACUCCUUCCCACUUCUUGCUGCUGUUAGUUGGGUGGGCAGUGGCCAUCAUCUCUUCACAUACCAGACUUUGUCACAUGAGAUGGAAAACGUGCACAAAAAUCCUACCUUAUAUGGAAGUUUUAUCCCUCUGUAGCUCAGUCUUGUACAUAUUCUGGCCCUUCUAUGGCUUGGUCCCCUUCCUCUACCUUCUGUAAAUAUGUGUAUCUAGACCAGAAUAUUUUGGCCAAGUAUAAAACAACAACAA